CCUUUCUCCUUCCGCGGUGUCUGGACAUCCUUCUGUUGCUCCCCCAUCACCGUGCACUGUCCCGUGGGACUGCCAACUUUGGGCCCAUGCAUGUCCCCUCCAUCUUUUCUGUUUCCUGGUUUGUGUCUCUCCGUCCUUCUACCUUCCCUUAGCCUGCCUUCCUCAUCAUCUCCGGCCCCCAUCUCCACAUUUCUCCACCUCUGGCCAUCUUUCUCCCGCCCACCGUUCCAGCCUCGGUUCUCCCCCAGCCUGGCUGCCCCAUGCCGGCCCUCCUGCUCCUCGGGACCCUCCUGCUCCUGGCCUCGACUACCGGCCAGGCUGGGGCGCGCCCGUCCAACGCCACAAGCACCGAACCCCCGGGCCCGCUGCCCGCCCUGCUGGCGCACCUGCGGCGCCUGACCGGGGCGCUGACCGGCGGCGGGGGCGCGGCGGGCCCGGGGGCCAACGGCACCAGGACCAGCACCCCGAGCUCGGCCGGCGCGGCGGCACGGGCGCCCCCUCCUGCCGAGCUCUGCCACGGCUACUACGAUGUCAUGGGCCAGUACGACGCCACCUUCAACUGCAGCACUGGCUCCUACCGCUUCUGCUGCGGCACCUGCCACUACCGCUUCUGCUGCGAGCACCGCCACAUGCGCCUGGCGCAGGCCUCCUGCUCCAACUACGACACGCCGCGCUGGGCCACCACGCCGCCGCCACUGGCCGGGGGCGCCGGGGGCGCCGGGGGUGCGGGCGGGGGACCCGGGCCCGGCCAGGCCGGGUGGCUGGAAGGGGGCCGGGCGGGUGGCGCCGGGGCGCGUGGGGGCGAGGGCCCAGGGGGCAGCACGGCCUACGUGGUGUGCGGGGUCAUCAGCUUCGCCCUGGCCGUGGGCGUCGGCGCCAAAGUGGCCUUCAGCAAGGCGUCCCGUGCGCCCAGGGCCCACCGGGAGAUCAACGUACCCAGGGCUCUGGUGGACAUUCUGAGGCAUCAGGCGGGGCCUGGGACCCGCCCGGACCGGGCACGAAGCAGCUCCCUAACCCCGGGGGUCGGGGGUCCAGACAGCAUGCCCCCGAGGACGCCCAAGAACCUCUACAACACCGUGAAGCCCUCCAAUCUCGAUAAUCUGCACCACAACUACCUGCACCUCAGCGUCAACAGCCCCAAACACCACGCUGCCACUCUGGACUGGCGGGCCAUUCCGCCGCCCAGCCCCUCCUUGCACUACUCCACGCUGUCCUGCUCUCGGUCCUUCCACAACCUCUCGCAUCUGCCCCCGUCCUACGAGGCCGCUGUGAAAUCUGAACUCAACCGCUACUCCUCCCUCAAGAGGCUGGCCGAGAAGGAUCUGGACGAGGCCUACCUGAAGCGCCGGCACCUGGCGGAGGUGCCCCGCGGGACGCUGCCCCUGCAUGCGCUGCGGCGACCUGGCACAGGGGGCGGCUAUCGCAUGGAUGGCUGGGGUGGCCCCGAGGAGCUGGGCCUGGCGCCCGCACCCAACCCACGGCGCGUCAUGUCCCAGGAGCACCUACUGGGCGACGGGGGCCGGGCACGCUAUGAGUUCACACUGCCACGCGCGCGCCUCGUGUCACAGGAGCACCUGCUCCUGUCGUCCCCCGAGGCCCUGCGCCAGAGCCGCGAGCACUUGCUGUCACCCCCGCGCAGCCCCGCGCUGCCCCCCGAGCCCGCCGCCCGCGCCAGCCUGGCCGCCUCCCACUCCAACCUGCUGCUGGGGCCUGGGGGGCCCCCCACACCGCUGCACGGGCUGCCCCCGCCGCCCGGCCUGCACGCGCACCACCACCACCACGGCCUGCACGGCUCGCCGCAGCCCGCCUGGAUGUCAGACACCGGCGGAGGUGGGGGCACGCUGGCCCGCAGGCCGCCCUUCCAGCACCAGGGCACGCUGGAGCAGCUGCAGUUCAUCCCCGGCCAUCACCUGCCCCAACACCUCCGCACUGCCAGCAAGAAUGAGGUGACUGUCUGAGUGUCUGAGGUCGGGCCAGGGGCUUGGGGGCUGCAGCCUGGGGCCCCCAUCCCAGCCUGCAUCCCCCAACACACUCCAGGGGCCUGGGACCAGAUCUGCAGUGGCCGGGAGGGCUGCCUCCAAGGACACUGUUUUGGAUGAAAUCAUCACCAGACACAAAGCUUCCUUCUGCGAUGUCACGGCAGAUGAGACCCCUCCUCCUAUGUCACAGUUUGAGGCAGGACCUCCUUCCCAUGACGUCAUCACAGAGGAAGAGGCCUGUAUGUGAGGUCAUCACUAGCGAAAAUGUCUUUGUUCAUCACAGGGACAAAACCUCCUUCCCAUGAGGUCAUCACAGAGGAAAAGGCCCACCCUUAAGGUCAUCACUAGAGGCCAUGUCUAUGCUCCAUGGUGUCAUCACACAGACUUCCCUCCUGUGAUGUCAUAAGAGGAACAAUGCCUUUGUCCUAUGACAUCAUCCCUAGAGACAGAGUCCUUCCUAUGAUGUCACUGCACAGAUAAAUCUCAUCCUUAUGAUGUCAUCUCUGGCACCAAAAGGCCUCUUUUGACAUCAUCAUCACCAGGAAAAUAUUUUCUUCCAAAGAAGAUGCCUUUGUCUUUGAAGUCACCACUACAGACAAAGCCAUCUUCCUGGGACGCAUCACAGGGGAAAGAGCCUCACCAGCUGUGUCCUCACUAGACAUAAGGCCUCCUUUCUACGACAUCAUCACAGGGACUCUGCUUCCUUCCUGUGAUGCCAUCGCCAGAGAAGGUGCCUUGCCCUAUGAUGUCAUCAGAGGGACUGUGCCUUUUCCGUGAUGUCAUCAGCAGAGAUGGCAGCCCACUCUGGGGACAUCUCCAAGACGAGGCCCCUUCUGCAAUGUCACCACCAGACUCUGCCUGCUCCGAGAUCACACACGCCGUGAGACACCUCCACUGCCUGCUCCGAGAUCACACACGCCGUGAGACACCUCCACUGCUGCUGCCAAGUCCCGGCGCGGCAGGGCACACCCAGAGUCCGUGACUAUCCUGCUGGGUCACCAGAGAAGGUGCCCUGUCCUGAGGUGUCAUCUAGGGCUGUCCUCACUGGGGAGGCUGCCCCGGCGGAGAGGUCUCUGCCACAGAUGACAGUCCGUCUGUGGAUUGUUGGCAGUGGCCCUGCCCCAGCUGAGGCUCUGCCCCAGUGCUGUGAUGUCAUCACCAGAGACACUGCCUGCUCUGGAAGGCCAUUACUUGUAAUGGUAUCACCAGAGUUUCUGCCUUGUCCCACCAUGACUUGGCUUGGUCACUCCUUCCCCUGACCCUAGAGACAUGCCCUGCGGGAUUUCCACCAGAACCUCACCUAAAGGGUGGUUGGGCCACGGGUCCUGUGUGACUCCUGGAGGACAGCACUCCCAGACUGGCUUCUGCUCCCACGGAGGCCACUCUGGCCCACCAGGCUCCUGGAGUCCUGGGACUCAUAGGUGGCGCUACUUCUCUCUGCCGUCACUACAGACAUCAUCACCUCUGUAAACAAAGUCCUGGCCUCCUGCUGGGGGUGGGGGGAGGUGGGGGUAUGCCUGCUAUUGAUUUAGCUGAUGACAUCAUCAGCACCACAAGACUUCCACCACUCCUGGUGGUAAGUUGCACCUGGGGUCCAGUGUUAACCAUGCCUGAUGAUGACAUCAUUUCCCAGGAUUCCCUUUGACCUAUGGUGUAUUCAUCUCGCAGGAUCCACCACAACUAGGAUAUCAUUCUCUUCCAGGAUUUACCAUAACAACAGUGUCACCUUCUCCCGAGGUUUCCUAUAGCCAAUGGUGUCAUCAUCUCCCAUGAUUCUCCACAACCAUGGUGUCAUCAUCGCCCAGGAUUCUCCACAACCAUGUGUCAUCAUCUCCCAGGAUUCACCACAGCUGAUGAUGUCAUCACCUCCCAGAAUCCGCCAUGACCAACGGUGUCAUUACCUUCCAGAAUCCACUAUAGCUGAUGGUAACAUCUUCUACCAGGAUCCACGAAGACUGAUGAUGCCACAAUCUCCCAUAGUACCCCGUAAUUGUGGUGUCAUCAUCUCACAGGAUCCACUUCAAUCAUGAUGUCUGCAUGCCCCAGGAUCCAGCACAGCCAUGGUGUCAUCACCUCCCAAGAUCCACUUUAAUCAUGGUAUCAUCAACCUCCCAGGAUCUGCUUCAACCAUGACGUCUUCAUGCCCCAGGAUCCAGCACAGCCUUGGUGUCAUCACCUCCCAGGAUUCAACUCAGCAGUGAUGUCACCACCUCCCAGCAGCCAUGAGAGUCAAUGGUGUCCCAGAACCCAUGACACCCAACAGUGUCAUCAUCUCCCGGGAUCCAUUUCCGCCAUGGUAUCACCAUCUACUGGAAUCCACCAUAACCAUGGCAUCAUCAUUUCCCAGGAUCCAGGACACCCAAUGAUGUCAUUUAGCAGGAGCCACUUCAACCACGUAUCAUCACCUUCCAGGAUCCAUCAGCUUGGGAGCCAAGUACUACGACAGCUGUAUUUCAGUUGUCUUCUGGGGUCACCUACCAUUGUUCCCUUAAGAGGAACCAGCACAAUACACAUCAUUUUCCCAUUCCCUCAAAAAUGGAGUGGGAUGGGGCCCCCUCUGAUGACAUCAUCCUACUCUGGCCCUUCCUGAUGAUGUCACUGCUGUGCUCCUGACUUAGGCUGACGCCUGCCUGCAUCAACCGCACCACAGACUUGGCCUUGGCCAGUCCUCCAUCUCCCCCUGGUGAGGGCAUCCAGGUCCCUCCUGAUAACUGCCCUUCACCCAACCAUCUGAUCGGUGACAGGGUCAACAAAGAGACCUCUUAUCAUCACCAGAGGGGGGGCUUUCCAGUCCUCAGGUGAUGUCACUGCCCCUUGCCCAAUCCCUGUUACCUGGAUCCCCACCCAGAGCUGCACUGCAUUGGCUUGGGCCAAACUCUCCCUAGAGACCCCCCCUGGGCUGGGCCAACAGCUGCCGACCUCCCUGAGGCCUUCAGUGGUUUUCUCUGCUGCCCUGGUCGUGGGGCAGGCACGUCUGGAGAGCCACGGCCACUGCCAGUGCCACCUGUGGGGGCGGGGGGGGGGUGCUCUGCAUCAGCCCAAGAUGGCAGAGAAGCAGCAUUCUCUCCUUCAUCUCCCCCUCACACACAGGGGAGCCUCUGGGUUUCGGGGAUUCCCCAACACCCAACGCACAAUUUGCCCCCAAUUCUCUCUGUAUAUAGCCAUGUUCUGGGGCGGCCAUUCCCCCACUCUUAAAGGGCUACAUGCCCCCUCUCCCAGCCCCCAGGGCGAGGUGAGGGGGCCUCUUCUCCCUCCCCUGGGCCGUCCCCCUCCCUCUCCUCUCUCCCCACAAAUCCUGGCACCUCAGCUCAUCCCUUCUCAUCAGGAGCCUGGGGCAGAUAACUGACCCUCAGCUCCCACCACACUGACGAAACUGAGGGGUGACCCCCAAUCUACCAGGGCCCCAGUGCCAGUUUGCCGGGUUUUCAACUCCACGCUUACAGCUGCUCCUGUGGGUUCCCCCAAUCCCUUUGAGGGCCUCACCACGCCCAGUGUCCCUAUGGCAGACUGUGACUUCCCCCAAAAGGAGCCAGCUUGGGCGCCUACCCCUCCCAGACCCCUCCCCUCUGCUCACCACCCUCAAGGAGCCCUCAGCUUUCUCCAGCCCCCAGAACUGGGGGAUUCGGGGCCUUUCAGCUUUUGUAUGCCCCCCUCAACUUGCUCUUUCCCGGCCUGGAUUCCAAGUAUCUUGCCCCCUCCCCCCACUCACUUGACACAGGCUGCCUGACCCUGGGGCCUUGACCUCUUAUCUCAAAUAAGCCAUAGUAGGGAGAGGUCUCGAGGUGGGUGAGGAAGUGGGCAUGUCCUGCCAGAUCCCCUUGAUGCUUCCAGAGCUGGGACCUCGCCAUCUGAGUCUUCCCCCACCAGCCCCCACCACCUCAUAAAUGCAUACACAGGCUUGUGCGUACGUACACACACACACACACACACACACACACACACACACACUCCCAUUCCAGUGAGGGGGCAGUGGAGGGCGGUACAGAAAGAAGAAGAUCAAUUCUGGACCAAAAGAACUUCCAAAGCUCUGCCUGCUUCCUUAUCCCUACCCACCCUAUUCCUCCCCCCAACACCGGACUCUUGCCCCAGUUCCUUGGUGAGGACAGCCAGCCGAGCUGCAAGUUGGUAUUUUUUUGAAUAAACAGAUGUUUUCCUGA